AUGGCUUCUUUUUCUGCGUACUGUAGCUGGACACGGGCAGCGUCUGCCUUGGCACGAGCUCUAACUGCUGAGGAACUUGCUGAGGACAUCUUGCUAGAUCGUGAAGAUCUGGACACAUGCGACGUCUUGCUGGGCAUUGGGGAUGUUCUCCCUGCCUUGCUGUGUCGGUGUAAACUGGCAAGGCAAGAUUCCUUAACAUUAAAUUUUGGAAGAGCAAAAUUAUCAGCUGAACGCAUUUUUCAGCUGUUGGAUAGAACACCAACUAUUGACAUAUUCAGUGAACAAGGAGAAACUUUGAAACAAAUGGAGGGAAAUCUGGAGUUUAAAAACAUCCAAUUUGUUUAUCCAACAAGACCCAAUGUUCAGAUUCUUCAUGGAUUUAACUUGAAAGUUUCUAAAGGUCAGACUCUCGCACUGGUUGGAAGAAGCGGCUGUGGAAAAAGUACAGUGGUUCAGCUUUUGGAGCGUUUUUAUGACCCUGCAGAAGGACAAGUGCUUGCUGAUGGGAUCGACAUCACGUCUUUACAUCUGAAGUGGCUGAGGUCGCAGAUAGGCAUUGUGUCACAGGAACCAAUCCUUUUUGACUGCAGCAUCAAAGAGAACAUUCAAUAUGGAGACAACAGUAGACUUGUUCCACAGGAAGAAGUUAUAGAGGCAGCGAAAGCAGCCAAUAUCCACACAUUCAUUAUGAACUUGCCACAAGGAUAUAACACUCGUGUUGGAGAUAAGGGAGCUCAGCUUUCAGGUGGACAAAAACAAAGGAUCGCCAUUGCACGCGCUCUUGUACGGAAGCCAAAAGUGUUAAUCCUGGAUGAAGCCACUUCUGCACUUGAUUCUGAAAAUGAAAAGAUUGUGCAGCAAGCUCUGGAUAUUGCCAGGCAAGGACGGACAUGCAUAGUGAUUGCUCAUCGAUUAAGCACCAUACAGAAUGCUGACAAUAUCGCAGUGAUUAAGAACGGGAAAGUGGUGGAAUACGGCACUCAUAACCAGCUAUUGGCUAACCAAGCUGAUUACUAUGCUCUUGUGAACACACAAGACUCAAACUAGGCCUCAUACACAUGCAAAGUCUUACAGUACUCCAGUACAGAACUUCUAAGUACUCCAUGUGGCGCUGUGAGGUUGUGUAUUCUACUUGUAAGCAAUCACUGUAGGGGAGAAUAA